CAUUAACCCAACCGGUAUGGCGGACGCAGAAGAAAUUUUCGGAAGCGAUGCUGAAUCAGACAAUGAUCAUGGUAGUCCUGGGUCUGGUUCUCCAGCUGGAAGUGGUUCAGGUUCAGAGGGCAGCCAGCACAGCAGUCCAGCCCACAGUGGUUCUGGCAGCCCGCCAGGUAGUCCGAUGAGUAAUGCUUCAGGUAGUGUAGCCUCAAAUUCCCCCCAAGGGAGCCCCACUCACAGUGGCUCUGGGAGUCCUCCAGGAAGUCCAAGAAGUGAGGCAUCCGGUACACCAGUGGGAAGUCCUGUACAUAGCGGAGCAUCCAAUUCACCCCCAGGGAGUCCUGCUCCUAGUGGUGGUUCACAGUCCCCUCCUGGCAGUCCUGUUCACAGUGGAGCUUCAAAUUCUCCUAGAGAAAGCCCUGUACAUAGUAAUGCAUCAAAUUCUCCCAGAGGAAAGUCCUGUACAUAGUAAUGCAUCAAAUUCCCCCAGAGGAAGUCCUGCCCACAGUGAAGCUUCAAAUUCUCCCCAAGGGAGCCCCACACAUAGUGGCUCUGGAAGCCCUCCAGGAAGCCCCAGAAGCAGAGGGUCAGGAACUCCCAUAGGGAGCCCCAGGUCAAAAAGUGGGUCACCAGUAUCGCGUGGAUCAGCUUCACCUGCACGGAGUGGGUCGGGCAGUCCGCCCGGUAGUCCUCACUCUGGGAGCGGAAGUGCUCGGUCAAGGUCUAGGUCAAGGUCACAUUCAGGAAGUCGGUCAAGGAGUGGAAGUCCAGCCAGUAAAGGAUCAAAAGCGAGUCGCCAUAGCAGUCCCCUCGGGACCCCCGGUGGAGGAAGUGGAAGUGAGGGUAGUGCUCCAGGGACACCUGUUAAAUCAGCACACAGUGGUAGUGACUCGGACGAUUCUUUUAUCGGCCGCAAGAAAAAACAGAAAGUGACACGUGGAAGUGACGAUGACGAAUCAGGAGGCGAGGAAAAUGGUCAGACUGUCGAAGCUACUGUAGACGAUCUGUUCGGAGACGCUGCGGAUAUCAGCUCAGACGAGGAUGAUGAAGAUAAGAACAAGGAAGAGGAGAGGAAAUCUGAUUCUGAAAUGAGAGAUGGUGAUGAAAACAGAGAUGAUGAAAGGAUGCCGGGUGAGGAGGAGGAGGAAGAGGAACCGCCAGAAACAAGGAUUGAAGUGGAGAUUCCCCGGAUCAUCACUGACCUCGGCAAGACUGUCCACUACGUCAAACUUCCUAACUUUCUCAGCGUGGAGACCAGACCGUAUGAUGCUAGUGUUUAUGAAGAUGAAAUAGAUGAGGACGAGGUUUUAGAUGAGGAAGGCCGAGCCAGAACUAAACUUAAGGUCGAGAACACUGUAAGAUGGAGGAAUGUCAAAGACGAGGCAGGUACUGUUAUCCUGGACGAUAACCUGGCUCCGAUGAAGGAAAGUAAUGCUAGAAUUGUACGCUGGUCUGACGGCAGCAUGUCCCUACAUCUUGGAGAGGAAAUCUUUGACGUCCACACUAUGCCUAUUCAAGGAGAUUUUAAUCACCUGUUUGUACGACAAGGAACAGGACUACAGGGUCAGAGUGUCUUCAAAACAAAGUUGGCCUUUAGGCCACACUCCACAGAAUCCUUCACACAUAGGAAAAUGACCCUGUCUUUGGCUGACCGGUCCACUAAGGCACAGAAGGUCAAGGUCGUCCCGAUCUCAGGUCGUGACCCUGACUACUGCAGAAAUGAAUUGAUUAAGAAAGAGGAAGAGAGAUUACGUGCUUCCAUACGACGGGAAAGUCAGAUGCGACGGACCAGGGAACGGUCACAUGGUGGGGGUCUGACACGAGGAUUCUUGGAAGGAGAUGAGGAAGACGAAGAGGAUGAAGGUGAAAUCUCUAUAGCAGCCAUCAAAAAACACUACAAACAAAGCAAAAAAGAGAAACAGCAGAUCUAUUCAUCCGACAGUGACGAUGCAUAUGACUCCGACCGAGAAAAGAGCAGGGCAAAGCGGCUGAUGAAUGCGAAGAAAGGUGUGGUGGAUAGCGAUGAGGGCUCCGACUCUGAUGCUGGUGGCCCGAAAAAGAAGAAAGCUAGGAUUGUAGAAAGUGAUGAAGAGGACGCAGAGAUGGAAGAUCAAGGGGAUAGAGAUGAUGACAGAGGAAGCGGAGAGAGUGAUGGGGGAGGGAAAGGAGGAGCAGGGUCAGGGGGGUCAGAUUCGGAGUAAGG